ACACCCUCAGUGGAUCAGGAGUUCGCCUUGCGCUUGAUUGAACACCGAGAGGGCUGGAAAUGUUUGGGAAGUUUUUUUUCUCUAAUUCUGCGGGUGCGCGCACAACACCGCUCAUUCUGCGGUCGGAUCUGAGCUGCGCAUGAGUUUGAUUCUUAGUUUUAUUUUUUUUAAACUUUUUUUUUUUAUUCUUUAGUUGAAUUUUUCUAAGAGAGACGCUUCAGAGCUGCACUCGUGAAGAGAAGACGAUCCAGCAGCAGUCAUACUUAUGGAGGCUUUCUGAUGCAAGUCUUCUACUUUACUCCUUAUUUAUGGGGCAUGCUUAGACGAGAAGACACUAUUGGAAGCAUCAGCUCUGCAGCAGCGGUUUGUACAGAGGAUUGAAAGCAGAGACGGACUUCUCACACACACCAUGAAGACAGAGAGUAAGCAGAAUCCAAAUGCUGGGGAUCAGUUCUUUUUGUCUGGCAGGAAGUGCAGCAUUAAAGGAACAAGGAAUUGGGUUCUGUCCCAUCCAGGGGUUCCAUUAGUGGGACUGAUAUUCCUAGUUACCUUUCCCUUUGGAGCGGGGAUUAAACAGACUGUCCCCAGGGUCAAAUUCAGCCACAAAGAAUUACUGCAGGCUGGUAGUAUAUCACUUCUUGUGGGCCCAGCCGAUGGCCUCCACUCACAAUCUCUGCUGCUGGAUGAAGAAAGAAGUCGUCUUUUGUUGGGAGCCAGGGAUCACAUCUACCUGCUAGACCUUGACAAUCUAGCCAAAGCCCCCAGAAAGAUCCAAUGGCCUGCUUCCAGAGAAAGAGUCGAAACUUGCAAUCAGGCCGGCAAAAACGCAAAUCUGGAAUGUGCAAACUUUGUCAGAGUCCUCCACAAUUACAACCAAACGCAUGUCUAUGCCUGUGGAACCGGAGCCUUCCAUCCCACCUGUGCUUUCAUUGAAAUCACUGGCCAUAGAGAGGAUGAAGUGUUCCAACUGCUGUUGAAUACGGUUGAGUCUGGCAGAUCUAGAUGUCCUUUUGAUCCGCUGCAGCCGUUCACCUCAGUCCUUUCAGAUAAGUACCUGUAUGCUGGCACAUCUUCUAACUUCCUGGGAAAGGACACGGCGUUCACACGCUCCCUCGGCCCCCCACCUGACCAGCACUACAUACGCACAGACAUCUCAGAAGACUACUGGAUCAAUGAUGCCAAGUUUAUUUAUGCUCAUCCCAUAGCUGACACAUUCAAUCCAGAUGAUGACAAGAUAUACUUUUUCUUCCGGGAGGUGUCGUGGGAGGGGAACGACAAGAGCAUCGUCUCCCGAGUUGCUCGUGUGUGUAAGAAUGAUAUGGGUGGGCUGAGGAGUCUGACCAAUAAAUGGACAACUUUUCUUAAAGCCAGGCUUGUGUGUUCCAUUCCUGGACCGGAUGGUGUGGACACACACUUUGAUGAGCUCCAGGACAUAUUUUUGCUGCCUACCAGAGAUGACAAAAACCCAAGAGUUUAUGCAGUCUUCACAACAUCCAGUUCCAUUUUCCGUGGCUCAGCAGUGUGCAUUUACAGCAUGGCAGACAUAAGAGCUGCUUUUAACGGACCUUACGCACACAAGGAGGGGCCCGACCACAGAUGGGUGGAAUAUGAGGGGAGAAUCCCCUAUCCUCGGCCUGGAACGUGCCCUAGUAAAACAUAUGACCCAAGGAUCAAGACCACUAAAGAGUUUCCAGAUGAGGUUGUCAGUUUCAUUCGAUUCCACCCUCUAAUGCAUCGCUCUGUGCACCCGCUGACUGGCCGGCCUGUGUUUACACAUGUUCGAGUGGACUACACCCUGACUCACAUUGUGGUGGACAAAGUCUUGGCCGAUGAUGGGCAUUAUGAUGUUAUGUUCCUGGGAACAGAUGUUGGCUCAGUUCUGAAGGUGGUGAGCAUCACUCAAGAGACCACAGAGGAGGUGAUCCUUGAGGAGCUUCAGGUGUUCCAGGUUCCAUCUCCCAUCCUCAGUCUGGAAAUUUCAUCCAAAAAGCAACAUCUCUACGUGGGCUCCAGAGAGGGCCUUACACAGGUGUCUUUGAGCAGAUGUCACCUGUACGGUCAGGCCUGCGCUGAAUGCUGCCUGGCACGAGACCCUUACUGCGCCUGGGAUGGACACUCAUGCUCAAGAUACAUCCCUGCAUCCAAGAGAAGAGCCAGAAGACAGGACAUCAAGCAUGGAGAUCCUGCUAUGCAGUGUUGGGACACAGAGGACAUUAUUGGUCGGGGACAAAUAGAAGAGAAGGUUCUUUAUGGAAUUCAAAACAACUCCACUUUUCUCGAAUGUAACCCCAAAUCCCAGCAGGCGCAGAUCCGGUGGUACAUUCAGAGAUCGGGAUCGGAACACAGAGAGGAGGUCAGACUUGGUGAUCGUGUUGUCCACACAGACAGAGGACUCUUAAUUCGCUCCCUUCACGCCUCUGAUGUUGGUGUGUAUACAUGUGUCGCUCAGGAGCACACGCACUUCACCCGUACUCUUCUCCGCGUCACGCUGCAGCUCAUUGCACAUGGAAAACUUGACAGAAAACCAAAGCUCAGCGAAGACUCCGGAUUUGAGGCGCAGCCGGGCCCAGAGUCCCGUCUGCGUUACAAAGACUACCUGAGAGUUAUGAGCUCAUCUUUCCGCUCCCUGGAAGACUACUGUGACUCUCUGUGGUUGGACAAGAGGCAAUCAAAAGUGCGAGGGAAAGGUUUAGGAAUGGGCAAAUGGAAACACAUUCAUGAAAUGAAGAAGAGCAGGAAUAGAAGACACCAUAAAGAAAGGAAAGAACACAAAGGUCAGAAGGAAUGAAAAACCAUCAGAAAUAAUUAAUAAAGAAGUCAAAUUGAUUCAUUUUUUCUGUUCAUACCAACAACAUCUAAAAUAAAAGCUCAAAAAGUCUGUGUUAGAAAUUCCACCCCCCCCCACAACUUGUUAUUCCCAUCUUCAUGUGCAGAAUAAAAGUUCAUCUCAGUUUUCUUUAUCCUCAUAUAUUAAAAAAGAAACAGUGUUCAAUUUCCUAAAGUAAAAUUCCUCAUCUGCUUUGCAUAAAACUGAAAAGGAUCAUAAGAGACUACAUGGUUGAAAUAAAGCAUGGAGGAAAGAGGCACUUGUUUUGAAAUAUCUGUCAACCAUUGGAAAGUAUGGAAUUUCAACAGCUUUUACUGUUGUGUAUUUUUUUUUCUCCUCAGCUGUAUAAACAAUCCCUUAGGCCUUAAAGGCCCAGUAUUGGAUUUAAAGGAGUGGUUUAAAAAAAAAACAAUUAAAAGUGCUGCAGUGCUGUUUUCUAAAUUCAUUUCUGCAACAAUGCUGUUACACUGCUUUCCAAAAUAAAAGGCUGUUUGGCAACGGUGCACAUAAAAAAUAGAAAUGGUUACGACGUGAAACAUAUGGAUGUUUCUGUCAUCGAUUGGAAAAGUUAGGGAAUGAAUCAGAUUUUAUGGGACUGGUGAAGUUCAACAAAUAUGGAUUCAGCACAAAGUUUGCUCACAUUGAGGACUGUAAAUAUGGAUGUAACAAGUACAGCUGAAACACCAGUUAUUUGGAGCAUAAUACCGUUCUGUACAUCUAUCAUAAUAAUAAUGUAUUGUGUUUGGCAUAUUUUUGUACAAUCCUUCCACUUCUGUAGGCUGAGAUGAUGUGGUCAUUUAAUAGUAUGAAAGGUAUUUAAAUAAAUGUUUCUCAGAACCGUA